AUGGUUGAUACAAGACGUACGAAGAGUAACGCCACCACGACGGGCCCAUCUCAUGGUUUCGUGGUGGAAACCUCAAUGCAACAGCACGGAAUCAUGCCUGCCAACGCCUGCAGCCGUCUUCUAGUGCUUUGCAGCCGCCUUCAGCUGCUGGAAUUGCAGAACAGCCGCCACAUGACCCUGGGACCUCCAUAG